CUAAAAAAAUGUAUACCGACAAAACAAUAUACAAGUUGAAAUUAAAGUGGUGUCCUCUAUCGUAGUUUUAUUUGUACUAAGGUUACAUUUCUCUCUUGCGGGUAACAGUGAGUUUGGUCAAUCGAAUGUACAAAUUAAUUACGCAAUUUGUUUACGGCAAAAAGUACAGUGAAUUAAAAUAGAAUAUAUUUUAAAAAAGCAGGAAUAGAAAACAAAUAAAGAAUAAACGUUUUAUCGGAAGUGUGGUUAGAAACGCGUUCUUGCGACCGCGCAUGUCGCCACCUAUUGUUGAUCUGACAGGAUCUUGUGUAGUUACGGUGAAAGCGAUUGGAUCGUCUGUACGUUUCGUGAGAAAUUAAAAAGCGAUCAAACAGCAUUCCAGAUUGUUUGAAUUCCUUUGAAAUUCAAACGCGAGGGACUGGUCAGCCCAUAGAUCGCUACAGAUAGGGAAGAAGAAAAUUUUAUCGAAGAUCUCGUCUACUUUUCGAGUAGAUGCGUUCGAGGCCAGACAUGGCGGCGAUUCCAUGAACCAAUUGGAGCAGCGCUCUCUUAAAGAAUCAGAUAUUGUAAAUUCCCCUUAUAUUCACUCUCGGUGAAUGAUUCUGUACUUAUUUUGGUCGUUAUUGAUAGUAAAACGGGUUCUUAUUGAUACGGGGAAGUGAUCGUUGCUCGUCGACAGAAAGAUCGAAGCCACGCAAGAUCGUACCGAAACGUUAAUCAUGAAAGAAUUGUGUUUGGUCACGUGACCGUAGCCGAAAAAUGGCGCAAAGAUCAGAGUACAAACAUGGGUUCCAUUUCAUUGCUACGGUGUCAUUUGUAUUUGUUUACAAGCGCGCGUUUCCACAAACCACGUGUUAAGUAAGUGGCAUUUUUUUGACAGUGCGUGACGGACAAUGACGGGGAGAGGGUCGAAGAGACGGGGCCGACCUCCGAAAUCGGUGGUCAUGGAAAGGCCCAAAAAGUUUCAAUAUCAUCUUAUGAAAAAGCCCAAGUAUUUGCAAAACAAGGGUUCAGAAACACCAAAUUCCCAGCCAAGUACACCAACACCUUCGAGACCGACAUCACCGGUCGAGAGCGAAGAAAGCAGAAGGAGCACAAGAACUCGAAAAUCUCGAGGAGCCAGAGACAGACAUUCGCGUAAAGGUGGUCAUUCGAGUUCUGGUGUGUAUCAACGCCGAGGUUACAAUCCGAAUGUCGACUAUAAUGACUCAGAAUAUCAUUAUGGUUCGGAUUUUGGUGAUGAGUCUAGUGAAAAGAGCGAGGUUGAGGAGGACCUUCUGCAAAGUGACUUAGAUUCAUCAGAAAGUAUAGAAGAACCUGAUCCCUCCAGUGACAGUGACUUUUCUCUCUCUAGUUACAGUAAUACUAGUGGCACGCCCCGUAAAACACUUCUUAGCCAGCAAAGACCGCCAAGUCCAGAACCGCUUUGGCUUCAGAACAGAGAAUUACCGCCACUGAAUUUACCUAAAUCUUCAGAUGAUUUAUUAGUUCCUAGAGAACUGGUUAUGCCAUCUUUAUCAAUUUACGAAGUAUUAAGACACUUUCGUACUUUGGUGCGUCUUUCGGCCUUUAGGUUUGAAGACUUUUGCGCUGCGCUUAUGUGCGAGGAUCAAACCAAUUUAUUAGCCGAAAUACAUAUUAUGCUUAUUAAAGCUCUUCUUAGAGAAGAGGAUUCUCAGCAAACACAUUUUGGCCCUCUUGAUCAGAAAGACUCUGUAAAUGUUAGUUUAUAUUUUGUGGAUCCUAUGACUUGGCCAGAAGCAUUACGUUCUUAUGUAGAAAGUGACAAGUCUUUUGAUCAAAAUAUUUUACAUAUUUUAUCGACUUGUGAAUAUCCUUUUACUUCUAUCGAGGAUAGAAUUAAGGUGCUACAGUUUUUGACAGAUCAAUUUUUAAUCACGAACCCAGUGAGAGAAGACUUACUGCAUGAAGGUACACUAAAUGGAAAUAUGCAUUAUGAUGAUCACUGUAGAGUAUGUCAUCGGUUGGGAGAUUUAUUAUGUUGUGAAACUUGUCCAGCUGUAUUUCACUUAGAAUGUGUUGAACCUCCAUUGGUUGAUGUUCCUACUGAAGACUGGCAAUGUAGUACAUGUAAAGCUCACAAAGUUACAGGAGUUGCAGAUUGUAUACCUGAUGUUGAAAAGAAUGGUUCAUUAUGUCGCCAAGAACAUCUAGGGUUUGACAGACAUGGCAGAAAAUAUUGGUUUCUUGCAAGAAGAGUUUUUGUUGAAAGUGAAGAUGGUGAAGUUUGGUAUUACAGUACACCUUUGCAACUAAAUGAAGUAAUGCUUUGUUUAGACCGGAAUGAAAUGGAAGUUGCACUUUAUAGAGAAUUAUCAGAUUACAAAGAUGAGAUUGUACGACAAAUGGAACUUACAGAACAAAUUACUAAUCAGUACAAGGGUAAUAAGAAAUCAUAUAUAGAGGUAGAAAACGGUCUUAUACAAAAAUUGCAAAAGGAACGACAAGAGAAACAAGAAAAGGAGGAAGAAGAAAAGAAAGAAAAGCAAAGACAAGAGGCUGAAGAAAUGGUACGCCGAAUACACGAGGGUACCGAUUCUAUCGAGGAACAGUUAGCAAAUGUUACGAAUCAGCAAGAAACAAAAUCGCAUGAUGAAUCCAGUUCAAGAGAAAAUCCUUCUGAAAUUGGUGGCGAAAAUGUAGAAAUUGAUGGUGUAGAUACCAAUAUGACAGAUAUAGCAAAUAAGAGUACCAAAACUGGUACAUCAUCUUCAUCUGAAGAAAUUGAUGAAGAAGCAUUAGAAGGAGAAGAGGGUAUCUCAAAAAUUGGUAAAGAUGGGAAAAAGCAUACAAUUGUUACAAGGUCGAAAACAGGGUCUUUACAACCUAGAACGUUUAAUAUGGAUGAUUUGAAGAAACGUAACAGUGGACAACUGUCCAAAGAAGAACUGGAAAAACUAGAUAAAAGUUUAAAAGAAGAAGGGGAUGGUACUAGAUUAACAAGACAGAAAGCUCAUCAAAUAGCUUCUGGUACUCAUCUUUUUAAAUUGGGAAUGGAUAAUACUUUUAAAUCAUACGUGAAUCAAUACAGCACUAAUCCUAUUGCUUUAAAUAAGGCCCAACGUAAUGAAGAACGCGAUAAAAAGAGGCAUUUAUCACAUAAAUUCUCGCUUACACAAGCUUCUGAAUUUAAGUGGGUGGGAAGUCUGACGGGAACUCGUGCGCUUUUAGUGAGCACGCUCCGUCAGACAAUUCUUCAACUUGAAAGUAGCAUUCAAGCAUCAUUUAUGCAUACUAACUGGCCUCUUUUACGUAAACCUUGGACCACAGCAGUAGGUGCUUGUGUUAAUCCUAGGGAUUUUGCCCGUGCCCUUAUUGUAUUGCAAGCAUGUAUUAAAUCAGUUGUGUUCGCUAGCGUAUGGCACGAUCAGCUUGGACACGUCAAGUUACAAAGAGUAACAGCUCUUGAGCGGGAAGAGAAGAAGCGACAAGAUAAGAAAGAUAAGAAGGAAAGAGAGGACGAGGAAGAACGUAAUCGUUUAUUUAACUUCGUUAAAUAUACGUUAGGUUUAAAACAUCAGGUCUGGAAACAGAAGGGAGAAGAAUACCGCGUUCAUGGACAAGGUGGUUGGUUGUGGGUCUCUGCUAGUCGUCGUUACAGGUUUUCUGAUAUGUCAAAAUUAGGUCUUCGAACGGGUCCUCAAAAAGUUAUGGUACAAAUUAAAGACCAGGAGGGAUUAAAGAUAUUAGCGUUAGAUCCUCCUACGUAUGAAUUCUUAAUAAAAGAAUAUUGUCCAACUAAAAAGGAGGAAUAUAACACAGAUAUUAAAAUCAAACAAGAGAUUAAAGAAGAAGACUCGUCGAAGGAUGCGGUUAAUUCAUCAGUGUCACAAGAUUUAAAAACAGAAAACAUAAAAACCGAGACAGUGGAUGAUACAGAAAGUACGAAGACGGUCACAAAAGCAGAAGAAAGUUCGACAAAAACAGACUCACAAGCGAUUAAACAGGAAACUAAAAUGAAUUUAUCAUUUUUAGCUGGAAUGAAAAUUGAGAAAGUCUUUACACCAAUUAAGGAAUUCGAAGAAAUUGAUAUUACUAAAGCACUAACUACUAAUGGAAGACUUCAUUAUCCAAAAAUUGCUAAAAAAACAAGAAUCGAUGAUUUCCUGGCGCGUAGGACACAUUUGAAGCUUUUGGAAGAAAGGAAAUUGUUGCAAUCUGAAAAAUCAAAAGAAGUAUCAAAUCAAUCAGUCAAUCAAAAAGCUGAUGGAGAUUCCGAGGUUGACAUAGAAAAUAACGAAGAAAGUGAUACAGACGGGGGAGAUAAUCCCUUGCAAAGUAUCCUCACUGGAAAGCAGCCUAAACCUAUGUCCACUUCAACAAGAGAAAUGUUAAAUGCAAUAGGGAAACGCAUUCAACACGUAAAAGCUCAGUACGCAAACAUAAUGAGGCUUAGCAAAAAUGGUAGUUGUUAUUCGCGAUAUUGUAACAUGACGGCGCCCCCGGGAAAAAUUACGACUACGACUCAGAGUUUAACAUCUACAUGUUAUUCUCCUAUAUGUCUACAAAAAGCUAGAUUAAAACGUGAUCUCAUUACGUUAUUAAGAAAAGCUAGUGCUUUGAAUAAUAACCAGUCGUCGAUUAGUACAACUAUAGCACAAUUACCACAAGUGAAGAAGGAAGAAGGAAGUGAAGCAGCUAAAGAUGCAAUUAGAAAGGAUUUAGAAUCCGCAGUAGCUUCUGCAACUCACUGUACUGAAGAAACACCAGCCACCAAUGUAAUUAAAGAUUCGCCACCUGCUAAAAAGAUAAAAGUUGAACCUGGUGUGAAUGCUAAUGAUGCAAAUUCAGGAAACGUAGUGACUACUACUACCACUAGUAAUGUGGUUACUACUACAACGGUAACUACAACACAGCACACUGUAAAAACUGCUGAUGGUGUGGUGAAAAGUACGCAAGAAAGCACAACAUCACAAAAUUCAGUUACAUUCUCAUCCGAGGUUAAAACAAACACGGGACAGAAAACUAUGAUCGUUAAUCGGCGGGGUCGAACCGUGCAAAGGAGCACAAUGGUUAAAGAGCUAAAUGCGGAUGGUACAGAAAGAAUUUAUUCGGCUACAUCGACGGAGGGAAAAAUUUAUUUGAAGAAAGUCACAAUUUCUUUAGCAGAUAGAAAAAAGAAACGUACACCUGUAAAAUAUCCUUUGUGUUCUACAUUUUGUACAAAAACAAAACAUCGUAGUAUAUUGUUACUUCCCCAGCAUGAAUUACGUAAAUUGUCUAGAGUAGGUGGCCGAAUACCUGUUCAAGGUUUUCAUCAUAUGGCUAAGGCAAAUAUGUCGGUAUGGCCGUACCCUUGCCCUAGACCAUUAUUUAAAACUUGCUGGUUGUAUCGAACAGUCGGAAUAAAAUCAUUAGCUGCGGCAGCCCUUCAGUUAAGAAUAUUAUGGGCAUGCCUUCGGUGGGAUGACAUGGCCGCGAAGCCAUUAUCCACCGACGGCAAACAUCAAAUCACAACCGACACUGAAAUCAUGUCCUUGGAGAUUCUUAAACAUCGUCAUGUUGGUCAAUUUUUAGAUAAAACUCAGUAUUUACGGCGAAAAGUUGUUAUACCUUUGGAACUUCCAAAACAAGUCAGAGAAGUGACAUCUAUAAGAAGUGGUUUAAGGAAAAGGAAACGGCCUGAAUCACCACAAAGUACUGAACCACAAGUUACAGAAGAAUGGGUUGAUGAAGAUAAAUUAGAAUUGUGGGAAAUUAAACAGUACGGUGAUAGGUUAGAGAAGGCUAAUGCCCAGAUUAUUACUAGGAGUCGAUCGGGUCAGCCGCAAUCUGCAGUUGGUUCUAAUCGAAAUGCAGGGUCAAAUUCUGGCAUAAGCGAUCAACUGGUUAGUGGAAAAGCCACUCCUGAAGAAAUUAAAGAAAAAAUGGAACAGCAAUUACGCAUGCAAAGAGCUGCUCAUCAACAGAAAAGGGCAUUGGAAACUUUGAAAAGUCCCGCUAAUUCUGGUUCGCCUACGCAGCUUGUUAAAGUUACUGCUAACUCUGCUCAUGAUGGCACAGUUAAAUUAGUUUCUAAAGUUGCAAUACCAGCAAAUCCAAACAGCGGGACAAAGUCACAGUUAACUUCCCUUUUGACGACUCCAACACAAAAUAAGACUUUUAUUGGUACAAGGCGUAUUUACAUGGCGAAAUCCUCUGAUGGUACAACAAAGGUUGUUUCGGGACCUACAAGCAUUUUACCGAAAACACAAUUACAAACUGGAAAUCAACAACAAUCUCUAAUUAAAGUUUCGUCGGGUCAAACAGCACCUGUACAACAAAUUCAGCAAAAAGUACAGAUCUUAAGGGGGCCAGAUGGAAAAUUACAAGUUCGAGGCUUGAUGCCUGGUCAACAGUUAGUUCAAAUGCCUGAUGGGAAGCUUCAUGUACUAAAUACUGCUCAAGCUAUUACGACCAGUCUUGCACAAAGUGGUGGAACGACUACAACUACACAGGCGAAAGCGGCUACUACAGCUACUGCAACUAAAGUAACUACAACAUCUAAUGCUGCGACCGCUAAAACAAGUCCAACUAAAGCAGCAACAAAUUCCACUCAACAAGUACAAACAUCUCAGCAAUCGCAGACACAAACUCAGCAAACUGUACAACGUACAACAACCGUACCUAUUGCGGCUCCUACAACAGCUCAACCAACAAAGAAUGCUAUUGUAGUAGCGAAUGCUGGACAAAUUGUACAGGGUGCACAAGUCAUAUCCUCUGGUGGUCAAGUUAUUAGUGGAAACCAAAUAGUAGUUACUAACGCAAACUUAGCUCAGCAGCUUGCAACAGGCAAAGCUCAAUUAACGACAAUCGGUGGUCACCAAGUGGUCAUUCGCAGUACACCAACGGGUAAUCAAAUUGUGCAUUUAAAUUCGGCGAAUAGUAGCAUCAUAGUCAAAAAUGCUGUAACACCAAAUAAACAAGUUCCUGUAUUACCAUCCGCCCAAGCAGUAGCGACAGCAACAGGAACACAAUCGACUGAAACGAUAAAUAAUACUGUUACUACCAGUACGCCUACAAAUGUGACAUCAACAACUGCAACGAAUCAAGCUUCCACUACGCCAGCACCUGGAAGCGUAGAGGCAUCCUUGUUAGCUGGUCAACCACCUGGAACUGUUAUUAAAUGUGUCACUGCUCAAGUUAUUCAAACCACUCAAGGUCCUCGUAUAGUUUUACAAGGUUUACAAGGAGCAGAUUUUACUCCGCAACAGCUUGCAAUGGUUCAACAGCAAGUUAAACAACAAUUGCUUAAAGCCCAAGCUACAACAGGGAAACAAGGAGUUUUAGGGCCUACUAAAAUUUAUUUAGCUGUCCAACCUGCACCCAACAGUCAGCAAGCAGUUCAAAGCUCUCAAAAUUCUACAACAGCAAAUACUCCUGCUACACCAGCAGCAAAACCACAAAUCACACAACAACCAGUCGUUUCUCCUCCAGCGGCAGCCGAACCUCAAACGGGAACAGAAAGCAUUCCAGAGCUUCCAUCAACAGCAACUCCAAGUUCUCCUGAGAAACCGAAAGUAGUUGUUCAACAAGUUGCACAACCUAGUGUACCCUCGGAAGAAGAGCCUCAGAAAACCAAUGUAGCUAAUGGUCAACAACCUUUGCAGUCAUUAAAAGAAGGAAGCGAUUCUUCAGCGAACAAAUUUAUUUUAACACCUGAUUAUAUACAGCAAACUAUUAAAAAUGCUUUGAAACAAGAAAAUCUUAACCCCGAAAUUGAGGAGAAACUACUGCAACUACAACGAUAUCAAGAGAAACAGAUGAAAGGUGGUGUUGAGAAUUCAGUAACUACUAAUCAGACACAUCCUACUUCAGCAAUUACAACCCCUCGUGUGCCAUCUCGAAAAAGACCAGCACCUUCAAACAUUCCAACAACGACCACGUCCACGAACGCACAGUCAUCGACAAAUGAUAAAGAUUCAGAUUGGGUAGAAACUCCUAGGAAGAAACCCGCGCCAAAACAAGAACCUCGUGAAACUCCAAAGAUUCCAAAGGUUGAAGUAUCCGAAAACGAAACGACGCCACAAAAACGAGCAGCGAAGCUUAAAGACAGUCAGGAACAACGAAGAAAACAACAAGUGCAUUCCCGAAUGCAAGUUUUGUUAUUUAGACACAAAGAAUUGCUUAAAAAAGAUAUUCUUAAGAAGAGAGCGUUGCUUGAAAAAGAACUACAAAUAGACAUUCAAAAGGAUUUGUCAGCGGAGUUGGCAUCAAGAACAAAAGCAGAGAGACAUAAGCAGGACGAAGUAAAAGUGGGAAGUGCGAAACGCAAAGCAAAUGCUCAAGUGGCCCAACAAGUUAGUCCACCUAAUAGGGGUGGAAGGCCAAAGAAGUAUAAAGCAGAAGGGAAAAGUAGCACACCACCUAGCGCUUCAACUGCUGCUCCUACGAAUAGAAUUAAAAAAGAGAAACUAUAUUGUCUAUGUAGAACGCCAUACGAUGAAACAAAGUUUUACGUAGGAUGCGAUCUUUGUAAUAAUUGGUUCCACGGAGAUUGUGUUGGUAUUACAGAAGAAAUGUGUAAAACGCUUUCAGAAUUUGUUUGUACAGAAUGCAGACACGCAAGAGAUACGCAAGAAUUGUAUUGUUUAUGCAAACAACCUUAUGACGAAUCUCAAUUUUAUAUUUGCUGCGAUAAAUGUCAAGAUUGGUUCCACGGUCGCUGCGUAGGUAUCCUUCAAUCGGAAGCAGACAAUAUAGACGAGUAUGUUUGUCCAAAUUGCCAACGAAACUCUUCCGUUAAUUUUGCUAACAUGAAAAAUCUUAAUUCGAAAGAUCUCGAUUUGUUGAAAAAAUUAAUUAAGCAAAUACAGGCACACAAGAGUGCUUGGCCAUUCAUGGAACCGGUAGAUCCAAACGAAGCGCCAGAUUAUUAUAAAGUUAUAAAGGAACCAAUGGAUCUGCAAACAAUAGAAUUGAGAAUAAAUGACAGAUCUUACAAAAAGUUAAGUGAAUUUAUUGGAGAUAUGACGAAGAUAUUUGACAAUUGUCGUUAUUACAAUCCGAGAGAGUCACCUUUCUUUAAGUGUGCAGAAUCUUUAGAAACUUAUUUUGUUCACAAGAUUAAAAGUUUGAGGGAAAAGUUCUCUGAAGGAAAGUAAGCAAUCAAAAAAGAAAAAGGCAAAAACAAAGAAACUGUAACUAUAAAUGAGUGAAAGUGCGAAGUAUCAGCAGUUAAUUUAUGCGGUGUAACUACAGAAUUGAUCUGUGCCAGUAAAAUGUAGAAAACAGACAUUCAAAGUAGUUAUAAAUAUGUAAGAGUAGAACAUAUAAGUUCACUAUUUAUUAGACUUGUGUGAACGUUUGAUUUAUCUUCGCGGAAGCGAACUUGAUUUCAAUUGUGCCGUACAGUGAAUUUUGAACCGGAACUUAUAUAGUAUUUUAACCGUAAUGGAUGACGUAUAGUAACGCCGAUAGAUAUUCAGCAAGGAACAGUAUGAAAAUGAUCCUUCUCAUUUAUGAAAUGAACACGUCGUUUAUUGUAAGACUAAGUUAUACUUAAAUUUGAAAUAAUACUAAUACUAUAUAUUUUUCAUAACUAUUUCUGUCGUUUAUUUACAUCUGACAAUAAAGUAUUAGUUUAAUAAAUAAUGCAGUGCUUGUUUACAAAUCUUUUUCUUUUACAAAAUGAAGCAACGGUUAGUCAACGUAAAGUUAUUACAAAACUAUAAAAUAUAAAAACACCAUGAAUUAGGUAAUAGUAAGAUUUUUAUCGUAGAAAGAAGCGUGCAAUACAAGGUUACUUGUUAUGUUUUGUGUAAUCUAGAAAAAACACUUCUUUUUUUUCUUUAAGUAUAAGAUCAUCAUAAGUUGUGGUUCAUAGUUCAUGUGUUCUGUGCAAGCAUUAUUAUUUAUGUACAUUUAUCACAUACGUGUAAUUAUGCAUGAUACAAAAAUAAUUACAAAUAUAUCAAAACAGUGCCACUGGGCGUUUAGAA